AUGUCAAGCUCUCGUAUGUGCACCGUUUGCAAUUAUAAUAUUGCGGGUGAUGCUUUUUCCUGCCCGUGUGGAACCUUCUACCAUCCAGCAUGUGCAACUGCUGCUGUUAGUAAAAAAACGGGAAAAAGAAAAUGCUGCUCCCACGUAAACACUUCUAAUUCUCGGUCAUUAUCACCUAGUGGUUCCGGUAACAUUACUAUUGAACAAAUUAGUCAAUUAUUAAAUGACAAAUUUGAUAAGGCCAGGGAUGAAUCGGAAAAAUUUUUUAGUGAUAAAUUGGAGUCUGUUAUGUCUGUCUAUUCUGACAGACUAAAUGAUGUUGUAGACAGAGUGGAUAAUCUUGAAGUGAGGUUCCAAGAAUUUCAGGAUAACAAUAUUAGAUCAGAUAAUAGUUUACACUCCAUCUCUGAAAGUGCUAUUUCAACUAAAUGUGUGGCCGAAAUAUCUGAUAGACUAAAAAGAAAUAAAAAUCUAAUCCUGUUUGGACAUACUGAGAUCGCUGAUGAUGGACUCAGCCCCUCCUCGUCCUAUACGAAUUACUUUCAACAAAGAAGACAUCAUGUGGGAAACCCUUCGAGCAUACUGGAGAAAGAAAGCAGUUUUGGUUUUGGACAACCCGCGGAUAUCUCUAGUCAGAGAUUUGACCCCACUACAGAGAACCAUAUGGAAGGAGAAACACACGGAACUUCAAGACCGUCAGAAGAGAGGGGAGUUGGACUUAGUGAUAAGAGAGGUGAGAGGAGAGUUUAUAAUUGUGAAGAAGCGGAAACCGGCGAAUGCUCCCUCUACCAAAUAGAAUCAACAUUGAUAGAGGGGAGAGAGAAUCACAGCUUUAAUUGUACGCAUGUGGUUGACUUGGAUUUGCUCAGUGAAAUCGUCAUAUAUUAUCAGAAUAAACGUGGUUAAAUUCUAGUGUUCAAAGUUCCGAAGUUUUUGAUUCUAAUCUGUUUAAUGUGUAUCGAGAUGACAGAUUAUCUGGAAGGGGGGGAGGAGUGUUAAUAGCAGUGAAGUCAAAAUUAGAGUCUUCUAGUAUUGAUAUGUCGCGCAUUGUUGC